GACCGUUGCAUGUGUUUACUUGUAUUUCAUUUCUCUUUUCCUCGACUUUGUUAAUGUUAUCAGAAGGACCACUAGUCUGCAAUUAGGCCUGGACUCUUUAUGAUGGACUCAACCGAUGUCGACCUGUCACAGUUCCCACCUUACACAGUUAUGUUGUGGAAAAAAUUUAUAGGAAACCCACAACUAUUAUAUAAUCUGUUUUGUACAAGCUAUCCGUCGGACCGUGUUCUGGAUAUGACAGGAAUUUGGAUCAACUCAAAACUGAAGGAGUUAAAGGUGGAUAAUUUAGAAGAACUACAGCGAUUGAGAAAUGAUCUCUUGACAAAGCCUAUAUUAUUCCACGUCAAAGUAACGCACCUAACAAGAAAUGACCAUGAGGGCGUACUUAAACCGAGGAGCUGGACAAAGCAGUUUGUCGUCCUCGUAAACACCAGACAUCCAUCCAUUCGGGAAAUCCUCUCACACAAACUCAAUGAGAUCACACAGAAAAUGCAAGAGGGUGAAAAGUUCUGUCUAAAGCUGGAUUUUGGUCCCCCUGUUCAGCAGUGGUUCAGUGGAGUGGUGGAUCCAUACUUUUACUGGGAUAGUUCCCGCAGCAGCACUGACUUCGGGCACAUGGAGAUCUUUAUCCACAACUACACCACGCCCAUAAAGUGCUGUAGUGAUCCGCUUUUAAUCCUUCUCUGUUUUCCCUUCUGGUUGCUCUUUGGAGGCUCAUGCUACUGGGAUUGUCCCGUGGUGAUUGGAUGA